GAAAAUCUGUAAAUAGCGAAAUAUGAAAGGGGAAAUAUGCAAUUUUCUCCUCUCCCUCCAAAACUUAUCUCACACAAUAGAUAAAGGCGAAGAAAUAAAACACUAACGAAACCGACGCCACUCGAUUUCUCAUUUAGGGUUUCUGAUUUUCGCAUUCUGAAUCGAAUUAGGGUUUUGAAACAAGAAAUUGCGGCUUAGUUAGGUGAUCGGGAGCUGAAUUUAUGGCGAGGCAUCGUAGCAGAAGCGGGAGCCGCGGCCGCAGCCGUAGUCCGGCCAGAAGAAAGUUGUACGACGAGCCGCGCGACCGCCGCCGUGAUCGUCGCUCGCCAGCUCCUUCCGGUCUCCUCGUUCGAAACAUUGCUCUCAGCUCCAGGCCUGAAGACCUGAGGGUUCCCUUUGAAAGAUUUGGUCCGGUAAAGGAUGUUUAUUUGCCGAAAAAUUACUAUACAGGGGAACCUCGUGGCUUUGGAUUCGUCAAGUUCCGUUAUCCUGAAGAUGCAGCUGAAGCAAAAAGCCACAUGGAUCGCACUGUUAUUGGUGGACGUGAAAUAAGAAUUGUGUUUGCUGAAGAAAAUAGGAAAACUCCUCAAGAGAUGCGUAGAGUCACGCGCACAAGCUCUCGAGGAAGCCAUAGGAGACGAAGUCCAUCAUAUUCCCCUAGAAGGCGAUAUCACUCUCGAUCACACUCCCCUUCUCCAGCAAGGCACCACGAUUCAAGAGAUAGGGGCUACGGAACCAGUGAUGGUCGCUACUCUGGACACAGAUCGAGAUCUAUUUCUAGAUCAGUUUCUCCUAAGGAUGACAGAAGUUACAGGUCCCGUGAGAGGCGUUCCGGACCACUCCUGAGAUCUGUUUCCCCACUCGAUGAGAAAAAUCAUUUGCCGAGCCUUCAUUCCCCAAGUCCUCGAGAAAAUGGACAUCCUGGCUAUGCAGGGAGCAGAUCCCCGACUCCAAGAAGAAACUCUUUGAGUCCGAUCAGCCGUCGCUGAAGGCCCCUUCAGUUUUUCUGCUGUCACGAGUGUGGUUUCUGUACCGUCUUGGGGAGGUUUCGAGCAUGGCGUCGUCGCGUAGGCUGUCUGACAGUGAGCAUGAAAUGAAAGCCUCUGCAGGGACGAGAUCUGAGUUCACUAGUUUGCUAGUUUGUAUGUUUUUAACAUUGACUAUGUUUUGCUAGACCUUAUAAUAUAUGGAGUCUCUGUGGUUUUUGGAUUUUCAUUUUGUCAUAAUAUCAGAUGCUUUUUUCUUCA